CGGGGGCGGCGGUGACGUCAGGCGCUGUCCGCGGUGCUGAGGGAAGAUGGCGGCGCGCUAGAGCCGGGCGGCGGCCAGGGCCCCCCGCGCCCCCCGCGCCCCCCGGCGCCCACACCGCCGCCAUGUCGCUGCUCUGCGUCGGAGUUAAAAAGGCCAAGUAUGAUGGGCCCCAAGAGAAGUUUAACACCUACGUGACCCUGAAGGUGCAAAAUGUCAAGAGCACGACCAUUGCAGUGCGGGGCAACUUGCCCUCCUGGGAGCAGGACUUCAUGUUUGAGAUCAAUCGGCUGGACUUGGGCCUGACUGUGGAGGUGUGGAACAAGGGGCUCAUCUGGGACACCAUGGUGGGCACGGUGUGGAUCCCCCUCCGGACCAUCAGGCAGUCCAAUGAGGAGGGCCCUGGGGAAUGGCUCACACUCGACUCCCAGGUCAUCAUGACCGACAACGAGAUUUCGGGCACCAAGGAUCCGACUUUCCACCGCAUCCUCCUCGACACGCGCUUCGAGCUGCCGCUGGAUAUCCCUGAAGAGGAGGCCAGGUACUGGGCCAAGAAACUGGAGCAGCUUAACGCGAUGCGGGACCAGGAUGAUUAUGCCUUCCAGGAGGAGCAGGAAAAGCCUCUGCCUGUGCAUGGCUCCCAGUGCUGCAACUGGAAUUAUUUUGGCUGGGGAGAACAGCAGAACGAUGACCCCGACAGUACCGUGGAUGACCGGGACAGUGACUACCGCAGUGAGACCAGCAACAGCAUCCCCCCACCCUACUACACCACGUCCCAGCCCAACGCCUCUGUGCACCAGUACCCCAUGAGGCACCAGCAGCAGAGCUCCCGCGACUCCUACACGGACUCCAUGCAGAGCUACGAGAUGGACUACUCGGACCAGGCUCCCAUCAGACGCUAUGGUAGCGUAGACUCUGCCGCAAACGGACGCAGCGACGCUGAGUCCGGUUCUGAGUCGAGCAGGCGGACCAGCCGCCAGCCUUCCCUUGAGAGCAGGCGGUCCCUAGACCUAUCGGAUAGCCCCACAGGGAGCAGCCGCUACGCCUCGUCGGCCGAGCUGAGCCAGGGCAGCUCCCAGCUGAGCGAGGACUUCGAGAACGAGAGCCUGAGGGACUCGGAGCUGGACGAGAGGGACGGGGACUCCUACCACUCCUGCCACAGCUCCGUCAGCUACCGCAAGGACUCGCCGCGCUGGGAGGAGGAGGAUGAUGAUGAUCUCUACCUGGAGGAGGAGGAGGAAGAGUUCAUUGAGGACUACAGCGAGACUGAGGAAGGCUACCCCAAGGAAGAGGAGUUGGAAGAGGAGGAGGAGGAGGAACUGCGGGAGCAGGACACCUAUGAACCCCCUGAGCAUGAAACAUACCCACCACCACAGAAACCCCUGCCACAGCAGCAGCAGCAGCAACAGGUCCCACAGCAGCAGCAGCAACAGCAGCAGCAACAGCAGCAGCAACAACCCCAGCUGGUCCCACAGCAGAAACCUCAGCAGCAGGAAAGGAAGGAGGAGAGGAAAGAGGAGAGGAAAGAGGAAAGGAAGGAGGAGAAGGACACCUCUGCUCCCCAGGAAGCCCCUGAGGCCCUCCAGGCCCAGCGGGCAGAGGAGGAAGCUCCCCUGCAAGAGGCAGCCCUGGAGACUGAGCCCGCAAAACCGGCUGAGAGGGAGCCAGCAGAAGAGGAGGUGCAGGACCCCAAAGCACGAGCCAAAGCCAACUGGCUGAGAGCCUUCAACAAGGUCUGCAUGCAGCUGCAGGAGGCCCGCGGGGAAGGUGAUGGAGAAAAAUCCCUGUGGUUCAAAGGCGGGCCUGGUGGUGGGCUGAUCAUUAUAGACAGCAUGCCGGACAUUCGCAAGCGAAAACCCAUCCCCCUAGUUAGCGAUUUGUCCCUGGUCCAGUCCAGGAAAGCAGGAAUCACAUCUGCGCUGGCCUCGAGCACCUUGAACAAUGAGGAGCUGAAAAACCAUGUUUACAAGAAGACCCUGCAAGCCUUAGUGUACCCCAUCUCCUGCACAACGCCCCACAACUUCGAGGUGUGGACGGCCACCACCCCCACGUACUGCUACGAGUGUGAGGGGCUGCUGUGGGGCAUUGCCCGCCAGGGCAUGCGCUGUGCCGAGUGCGGCGUCAAGUGCCACGAGAAGUGCCAGGACCUGCUCAACGCUGACUGCCUGCAGAGAGCAGCAGAGAAGAGCUCCAAGCAUGGAGCAGAGGACCGGACCCAGAACAUCAUCAUGGUGCUCAAGGACCGCAUGAAGAUCCGGGAGCGCAACAAACCGGAGAUAUUUGAGCUGAUCCAGGAGGUGUUUGGGGUCAACAAGACCACACACACGCAGCAGAUGAAGGCGGUCAAGCAGAGUGUCCUGGAUGGCACCUCCAAAUGGUCAGCCAAGAUCAGCAUCACUGUGGUCUGUGCCCAGGGCCUGCAAGCAAAGGAUAAGACAGGUUCCAGUGACCCUUAUGUCACUGUCCAGGUUGGAAAGACAAAAAAAAGGACUAAGACUAUCUACGGCAAUCUCAACCCAAUCUGGGAGGAGAAUUUCCAUUUCGAGUGCCAUAACUCCUCUGACCGCAUCAAGGUCCGAGUGUGGGACGAGGAUGAUGACAUCAAGUCCCGCGUCAAGCAGCGCUUCAAGAGGGAAUCCGAUGACUUCCUGGGCCAGACCAUCAUCGAGGUCCGCACCCUGAGCGGGGAGAUGGAUGUCUGGUACAACCUCGACAAGCGCACAGACAAGUCUGCAGUGUCAGGAGCCAUCCGGCUGCACAUCAGCGUGGAGAUCAAGGGUGAGGAGAAGGUGGCUCCCUACCACGUUCAGUACACCUGCCUGCAUGAGAACCUGUUUCACUUUGUGACGGAUUUGCAAAACAACGGGGUGGUGAAGAUCCCCGACGCCAAGGGGGAUGAUGCGUGGAAGGUGUACUUUGAUGAGACAGCACAGGAGAUCGUGGAUGAGUUUGCCAUGCGCUAUGGGGUGGAGUCCAUCUACCAGGCCAUGACGCAUUUUGCCUGCCUCUCCUCCAAGUACAUGUGCCCCGGCGUGCCGGCGGUGAUGAGCACCCUGCUGGCCAACAUCAACGCCUACUACGCGCACACCACCGCCUCCAGCAACGCCAACGCCUCCGACCGCUUUGCCGCCUCCAAUUUCGGGGUAAGUCCCAUGAAAGAUCGCUUUGUCAAGCUCCUGGACCAGCUGCACAACUCCCUGCGCAUCGACCUCUCCAUGUACCGGAACAACUUCCCUGCCAGCAGCCCCGAACGGCUGCAGGACCUGAAGUCCACAGUGGAUUUGCUGACCAGCAUCACCUUCUUUCGGAUGAAGGUCCAGGAGCUGCAGAGCCCCCCACGAGCCAGCCAGGUGGUGAAGGACUGUGUGAAGGCCUGCCUCAACUCCACCUACGAGUACAUCUUCAACAACUGCCAUGAGCUCUACAGCCGCGAGUACCAGACAGACCCGACUAAGAAAGGUGAGGUGCCCCCCGAGGAGCAGGGCCCCAGCAUCAAAAACCUGGAUUUCUGGUCGAAGCUCAUCACCCUGAUUGUCUCCAUUAUUGAGGAAGACAAGAACUCCUACACACCCUGCCUGAACCAGUUCCCCCAGGAACUGAACGUGGGGAAGAUCAGUGCUGAGGUGAUGUGGAACCUCUUUGCUCAGGACAUGAAGUACGCGAUGGAGGAGCACGAGAAGCACCGCCUGUGCAAGAGCGCAGACUACAUGAACCUGCACUUCAAGGUGAAGUGGCUGUACAACGAGUACGUGACCGAGCUGCCCUCCUUCAAGAGCCGCGUGCCCGAGUACCCCGCCUGGUUCGAGCCCUUUGUCAUCCAGUGGCUGGAUGAGAAUGAAGAGGUGUCACGGGAUUUCCUGCACGGAGCGCUGGAGCGGGACAAGAAGGAUGGGUUCCAGCAGACCUCGGAGCACGCGCUCUUCUCCUGCUCCGUGGUGGAUGUCUUCUCCCAGCUCAACCAGAGCUUUGAGAUCAUCAAGAAGCUGGAGUGCCCCGACCCCCAGAUUGUGGGGCACUACAUGCGGCGGUUUGCCAAGACCAUCAGCAAUGUGCUGCUCCAGUAUGCUGAGAUCAUCUCCAAGGAUUUUGCCUCCUACUGCUCCAAGGAGAAGGAGAAAGUGCCCUGCAUCCUGAUGAACAACAUCCAGCAGCUCCGUGUCCAGCUUGAGAAGAUGUUUGAAGCCAUGGGUGGGAAGGAUCUGGAUACAGAAGCCAGUGAUAUCCUCAAGGAACUGCAGGUGAAACUGAACAACGUCCUGGAUGAUCUGAGCCGAGUCUUUGCCACCAGUUUCCAGCCACACAUCGAGGAGUGUGUGAAGCAGAUGGGUGACAUCCUGAGCCAGGUGAAGGGCACCGGCAACGUCCCCGCCAGCACCUGCAGCAGCGUUGCGCAGGACGCCGACAACGUCCUGCAGCCCAUCAUGGACCUGCUGGACAGCAACCUGACGCUCUUUGCCAAGAUCUGCGAGAAGACGGUGCUGAAGCGGGUGCUGAAGGAGCUCUGGAAGCUGGUGAUGAACACCAUGGAGAAGACCAUCGUCCUACCCCCACUCACAGACCAGACGGGCACGCUCUUGAGAAAACAUGGCAAGGGGACAGAGAAGAGCAGGGUGAAGCUGCCCAGUCACACUGAAGGCACACAGAUGAUUUUCAACGCGGCCAAGGAGCUGGGGCAGCUUUCCAAGCUGAAGGACCACAUGGUGCGUGAGGAAGCCAAGAGUCUGACCCCGAAGCAGUGUGCUGUGGUGGAGCUGGCACUGGACACCAUCAAGCAAUACUUCCACGCUGGCGGCGUGGGGCUGAAGAAAACGUUCCUGGAGAAGAGCCCUGACCUGCAGUCGCUGCGCUACGCCCUGUCCCUGUACACCCAGGCCACAGAUCUCCUCAUCAAAACCUUCGUGCAGACCCAGUCGUCGCAGGUUCAUGGUGGGAAAGGGAUUAGGUUUACCCUUAGUGAAGAGGUUUAUCCUGAGAAGGGCUCUGGCGUGGAUGACCCCGUGGGGGAGGUGUCCAUCCAUGUGGAGCUGCUGACCCACCCCAGCAGUGGCGAGCACAAAGUCACCGUCAAAGUGGUGGCUGCCAAUGACCUCAAGUGGCAGACCUCGGGCAUCUUCCGGCCCUUCAUCGAGGUCAACAUCAUCGGGCCCCACCUCAGUGACAAGAAGAGGAAAUUUGCCACUAAAUCCAAGAACAACAGCUGGGCCCCCAAGUACAACGAGAGCUUCCAGUUCACUCUGGGGACGGAGACGGGCCCCGAGUGCUACGAGCUGCAGGUGUGUGUGAAGGAUUACUGCUUCGCCCGGGAGGACCGCACCGUGGGCAUCGCCGUGCUGCAGCUGCGGGACAUCCUGCAGCGCCCCGGCGGCGCCUGCUGGCUGCCCCUGGGCCGCCGCAUCCACAUGGACGACACCGGCCUCACCGUGCUCCGCAUCCUCUCGCAGCGCAACAACGACGAGGUGGCCAAGGAGUUCGUCAAGCUCAAGUCGGACACGCGCUCAGCCGAGGAGGGCAGCAGUUAGGGUCCUGUGGCCCCCCGCCCUCGCCCCCCGCGCCCGGCCCCUGACAGAAUCCUCCAGCCGUGUAUAAGCCAUAGGAGUGGCCACAGAGGAGUCGCUGCCCGGCGCUGGGGAGGGGGUGCUGUGGCUGCAGUGACAGACCCUCCCCUCCCUCCCCGGCCACCAUGGCUGGCUGCCAGCGAUGCCGGGCACAGCCAGGCCCCCGUCACACCCCGCAGGAAGGUGCUGGUGUUGGGGGGGCUGCAGGGAGGGGCUGGAGCUGAGCCUGGCUUAGGGGAGCAGUCUGCCCUUCCCCAGCCUGUCUGAGAUGGAGGAGCCCCAGUGGUUCAUCCCUGAACCUCCACCGUCCCACCCAGCCCCACACCUCAGCGAGUGACACGAGGAAAGGGCUGCGGGGUGUGUGUGUGUCUGGUGCCAUGUGCGGGUGUUGCUGAGUGGCUGGCACAGCGUGAUGGCCCCUUGUCCCCAUCCCUGAGCGUGGCGGUGUGUCCCGAGGGCAGGGCAGCUGCCAGCCCUGAGCACAUACGUGUACAUAUGUAAAUAGCUGUACAUACAGGGCAGCUGGACAGGCUGUGUCCUGUACCCGGAAGGGCUAUUGGGGCUGUUGGGUGGGCAGGUGCAGCCCCCACGGGCCCUGCACAGGGUCCCCUCCCUGGCUGGCAGCAGCAUCACCAGGGUCGGGAGCAGCAGGGAGCAGCCCCCGGCCCAUAUCCUGUCUUCCCUGCCUUGCUGCCACCGUGGGCUACCCCACUGCCCCCCACAAGGUGCCAGGGCUGAGGGUGCCUGAGUAGAGGUACUUGUUCCUCUUUGCUCUGGCCGGUGGGGACCAGCAUCCCUGAGCAAUGCAGCCCAUGGGAUCUCCUUGGCGCAAGAAAACCCUUCCCACCCCGGCCCAGAGAAGCCCUCCCUCCCUCCAGUCCCCCAGUAAGCACCAGUUCUGUGCCCCCAGUUCCCCAGUGAGCACCAUUUCUGUGUGCUAAGUGGUGUGCAUGUCUCGUGCGAGUGCCUGGGAGGCCUGGGUGUGCGGUGCUGGGGUGGCCACCCCAGCUGGCCAGUUUGCCCCGAGUCUGGGGCAGACAGAGGCCUCAUGACCCCACAAAUCAAUACAGCUCUCUCAGCCCCUCCCAUCCCAAAACAGGGUACCCCAAAUGGCCCCCAUGCUCUUUGUCUAGAGGGUUUGCCUGGGACCAGAGGGUUUCACUUUGCUCUCUCGUUUCUGUUCAAUGUUUACACCCUUUUCUACCGGCUGCUCCUGCACGGCCAGGCUGGGGCUCGGCCCUGCAGCCCGACCGUGGUGCCCUGGCCCUGUGCCCCUCCCCAGAGCGUCCUGUUUGGCAUGUGAUUGAACUGACCAAUUCUGCUCCUGUAGCACAGUGUCACCGAUGCCUGUGUGUCUGUCCCGCCCCCUGCGGCGGCUCCCAUGGAUGCAUGACAGUGAGAUGUUUUGCACUAUUUUGAAUUUUUUGGGCUCUGUAAAAAUAUUUUAUUAUAACUGACAUUAAAAAGCACACCCUUCA